AGAAUGACAUACUCCCCCUUUUCCUUACCACUCGUCGCUGCACCCUCUCUCUUUCUCAUCCCCCAAUUCAACUUCCAAAACAAACCUUCAAUCGGAAAGGGGAUCUAGACCGAUGGAAAAGGAGCAGCGCGCCUCCCCCGUCGCCGUCCUGCGGUCGCUGCUCCGGUCGGCGUCUUUCUCACGCCGCCGGUUAUCCGGUUCUCUCUCUCGCUUAUUUUCUUCCGUCGCGACAGUCCACCGCCGGUCUCCGGCGAGGGACGAUCGGCUUCAAGGAGAUCUCUCCCUUUCUCUCGGAUGCACCGCCGCUGUGGCGACAACCAAUCACCGCUGCCUCUGCACCGAGACUCCGUCGCCCGUCAUCUCAGCCGGCACCGUCUGCUCGGUGCCGUACUUCCCUCCUCUUAAGCUAAGCUUUCUACCUUAUUCCAUUCUAAUAUUAUGAUUGUAGAUUCUUAGAUUUUAGGGAAGAUGAGCAUGGGCAGAUUCGACCACUGACCCUUAUGCCAAAAAUUUGAACUUGCAUUUUACCGAUUGAGAGGGAUUCGCAGAGUUGAAACGAAAAUUUGUAUAAACAAGAUGGCUUCUGCCCUUAAAUUAAGGUUUCUCUGAUGUGUCUUGCUUAUUUUUAGUGGGGUGAGUCUCUAGCGUGUGUGUCUGUGUUGCAGAAGUGUAAUGAAAGGAAAACUCCCUUAUUCUAAACAUGACCAUUCGAAAGAGGCAGAGGGUUGUGUGCAGCAGUUAAUGUUUUCUUCCUUUACUUCUAUCAUUUGGUGAUUGUGAAGUGGUGGUGCUCUAUAUGCUAAUAUGAUUCAUGGUUGAGUUUGGAAGAAGGAGAAGAGGGUAGAGAUUACCUCCUUACUUGCUCUGAUUCUUGUCUCUAUUUUCAGCCCCUCUCUCGCUCUUUUUUUCUGCCUAUCUUGAAAAUGAUAUGUGGUGGUGAAACAAUUAAAACCGAGGGGCUUUAUAGACCCUUCUUGUGUACUUGGAGUUUGUUAGGAUUUUGGCAGAGAUGCAUUUUGAUUCUUUGGCUCUUUGCUAACAAAUUCUGGUGGUUUAUGGGUGUACAACAAGGAUGUGGGUUGUUAGCUGCGCUUUGCAGGCUGCCGCGGCUAAAAAAGGCUUAUAUUGCUCCAUGGCAGCCUUCGGUUAGGGCUGGGGAGUGCAGGGGUUAUUGCCAUCUAUCUUCCCUAAUAUGGCAUCCCCUUGGUCCUCCUCUAAAAGGAGCAGAGGCUGGCUACCGAGGCUGCCCUUCCUCGCGGUCUCGCCCUCUCGGCUUGUCUGAGAUACUGGGGCCGAGACGGCCUAGUGAUGAAGAUCAACAUAGUUGCUAGGGACCUCGAGUUGUAUUAGCGUAGUGCAACUACGAAUUUCUUUUAAAUUUGUAUGCAAAACUCGAUACUAGUUGGUGUGUACUUCUUUGUAACUUAUUAGCUUGAAAUUCUUCAUAUUGUAUAUAUUGAUUUUUAUCUAAGAAAUAAAAAUGCUCUUUCAUUCUUCAUCAAA